AUGGCUUUCAUGAUCUUGCACCUAAUCAGAUCCAAUGCCAUCGGUCAACAACCUCUCCCUUUGGGCGUGCUCGUUGCCCCUUAUCAGAUCGCAGACGUCUCAUAUCUGUGGUCACUUGAGUACUGGGCUUGCCUGACAUCAAAGAAUGGUCCCAGUCGGCACAAAAUCAUCAUCUUUCUGGUGAUCCCGUCAGCUUUUGGGCUAGGGCUAGUUGUAGGCCCUGCAAGUGCCAUUGCAAUGAUCCCCCGAAUCAUCGACUAUCAUGAGGAUUCAACAUUGUUCCUGAUGGCAGAACAGUCCAAUUUGUUUCCCUCACAAGUAACCCUGGCUAACGGAGUAGUUGAGAUGGAAGACUCUGUAAGUGCUUCGCUGUAUCAACUAGGGGCUAUGGACUUGGUCGGAAAGGUGCAAAGAACAAUCACGGAUGACCGUGGGUUUCGCACACUGCACUGGACAGAAGAAGGCUACUGGACUGGCUUGACUCAGCAGAGCACCGACGCCGAAAGAAAUUUUACCUCUUCGCUCAUGAGCACGAUGCCUGGACAGCCGUUAUCCCAGGUGUUUCAAAGGGUCCAGAAUACGGCCUCCGACAACGUGCUCGUGUCCAACUAUCUUCAGCCAUAUGUCGAACAAAGAUGUGGAACAAAGGUUGUCUCCUCUGACAAAGUAUUGCUAAACAAUUUGACCGAACAGCGCCCACAGCCUCAAGUAAACGGGCUGAACUACAAGGGCUAUUCAGAGUCCGGCCUAGCGUACACUGGUUUGAUGUCAAUAAACGACGGCGGUCUGUUGAGCAUGAUGUUCUUCGAUCCGGCUCAAGCAGGCCUGAAUGACAGCCUAUGGAUAGUGUACGGCGAGAUGCGUUUCGGGUCUGGGACGCUCUGGACAAUGACCGGCUGCCAUGUUGAUGCAUUCUGGUACUCAACGCACUCGAAUUUCAGUGUCGUCACUGCUAUCACCACGAGCAACCCGGCAGAGGAUCGAACAUUUAGACACGGUAUGAAGAUCAGCCUCGACCGUGAGUGGGCAUCCCGUGUGUCAGAGUUGUUUCGUAACAGCAGUGGUGCGAAUCUCAACACGAUGCUGGAAAGGGCUGCUGCGGCGAUUGCGAUUGCGGUUUCUGAUGCCGGCUCAGAAUAUCUCCCAGGCACUCUGCCAGUGGUGUUCCCGGACAGGGUUGGUGGCAUAUUGCCUACCCCGGAAAAGAACUGGCGCACGACACAGGUGCAACGUGAUGCACUGCUCCGAUUCAUAGACAAGCAAGGUUUUCUUGACCGUUACGCCGAAGUGGACAACUACGCAUUCGACAACUGGACCGAUCCCGCACGGCUCUCCCGAAUUUCGGUGCAGAUGUCUCGGCGCGGGUACGGGUACGAUCCCUCUGAAACUACCGUUCAGCUUUCGUUGGCGGUUCUCACCUUUUCCUGUCUUGUCGUGGCUGUAUUUACUGCGUAUACCAUGUCGACCAGGGUAAUAGCAACAAGUUGGGACACGAUAGGCGAGUUUACAUUGCUGGCUCUAAAUUCGGCAAAACCGAGUCAUCUACCAGGUACCAGUGUCGGCGUGGAGACUUUGUCGACUUAUCGGAGACCGGUCAGUAUUCGGGUAAACAAAGGGAACUCGACGGAGCUUGUAUUCGACGAUGAUCCGGCUCUCACAAGGGCGGAUUAUGUGAGAGCUCAACCGAACGCCGAAUACUCAUGA